CAGGUGGCCACUGCAGAUGCACCUGGACACAGAGGAGCCAGACCAGAGCCAUGCUCCUGCCGGCUGUCGCCCUGGCUGUGCUGCUGAGCCCCUGUGGGACUGGGGCCAUCAGGGCCGACCACGUGUCAACAUAUGCGGAGUUUGUGCAGACGCACAGCCCCUCUGGGGAGUACAUGUUCCAGUUUGACGGGGACGAGCAGUUCUACGUGGACCUGGAUAAGAAGGAGACUGUCUGGCGGCUGCCGGAGUUUAUUCACAGCUUUGACUAUGAUGCUCGGAGGGGGAUUGCGGACAUCGUCAUGGCAAGAAAGAACUUGGACACCCUGAUCCAGCGGUCCAACCACACCAGGGCCACGAAUGAGCCCCCGGAGGUGACUGUGUUUCCCAAGGAGCCCGUGGAGCUGGGUCAGCCCAACACCCUCAUCUGCCACGUGGACAAGUUCUUCCCACCCGUGCUCAACGUCACCUGGCUGCGCAACGGGCGGGCGGUGACGGAAGGCGUGGCUGAGACCAUCUUCCUGCCCAGCACAGAGUUCAGGUUCCACAAGUUCCACUACCUGACCUUUGUGCCCUCGGCCGAGGACGUCUACGACUGCAGGGUGGAGCACUGGGGCCUGGCCGGGCCACUGCUCGGGCACUGGGAGGCCCAGGAGCCGAUCCAGGUGCCUGAGACAACGGAGACUGUGGUCUGUGCCCUGGGCCUGCUGGUGGGCCUGGCGGGGGUCAUUGCUGGCACCAUCGUCCUGAAGAGCAGGCGACCCGACCGUCCCUGGGUGCAGGGGCCCCUGUGA